UUCUACUCUGCAAAUUAACGUGUACACUCAAUUCUUCCACUUCCCAAUUUCUCGAUGAGGUUUCGGGUUAAUCGGCGGCGGCGGUGUCUCAUUUCCGGCGACGGUGGCUCCCCCGUUCAAUUCAAUUCCCGACCGCCUCAAAGAACAAAAGCAUUUAUUCACAGCCUGAUCCAGUGUCCUCUUCCAUCUAUAGCCAUACCUCUUUCUAGUUUUUGUUGUGAGUAUGACAAUGCUUAUGAUGCAGUUCAAGAAAUGGGCCGUAGAAAAUAUGGGAACUUAAGUUUUUCAGACAUGGUUUAUAGUGAUAGAGAAGUUGUGGGAACUUGCAAAUUUGGCGAUUUGAACGAGUUUGAAGAGUCAGAAAAGGAAGAUGGAGGAGAGAGUGACAAUGAUGACAUUGGCAAUGAUUUUAAGAUUUUGGAUUCAUUUGAUAGGAAUCGUGACCCAAGUCAUUGCCGCAAAGAGAAAAUUGAUGGGAUAGAGGAUGAAAUGAGACACCCUUUGGUAAAAGAAAUAUGUAAGUUAAUUGAUAUGAGGUCACUAUGGACUCUGAGGCUUGAGGGAGAUCUAAGGCGCUUAUUGAAAAGUUUGACACCUCUUCAAGUUUGUGCUGUGUUAAGGUCUCAAUCCGAUGAAAGGGUUUCUUUGAUGUUCUUUCAUUGGGCAGACCGGCAAUGGCGCUAUAGGCACGUCCAGGUCGUGUAUUAUGAGAUGCUUAGAAUUCUUAGCAAGACAAAGUUGUGCCAAGGAGCCAAACGCGUCCUCCGGUUAAUGUCCAGAAGAAGAAUUGAACUUCAGUCCCAAGCUUUUGGUUAUGUGAUGGUUUCUUUUAGUCGAGCAGGACAUAUGAGGAACGCUUUGCAGGUUCUUACUUUAAUGCAGAGAGCAGGAGUUGGGCUAGAUUUAUCCAUUUGUAACACUGCAAUUUAUGUUUUGGUGAAGGGGAAUAAGCUGGAGAAGGCAUUGAGGUUUUUGGAACGUAUGAAAGUAGUUGGAAUCACACCCGAUAUCGUAUCUUAUAAUUCCUUAAUCAAAGGCUACUGUGAUGCGCACCGAGUUGAAGAUGCUCUGGACCUUAUUGCUCAAAUGCCUCAUAAGGGCUGUCCUCCAGACAAAGUGAGUUACUGCACUGUGAUGGGAUUUUUGUGCAAGGAGAAUAGAGUCGACGAAAUAAGAGAGUUGAUAGAUAAAAAGAUGAGAAACGAUAAUUUACAUCUCGAUCAGGUUAUGUAUGAAAGUCUUGUACAUAUGCUUUCAAAGCAUGGGCAUGCCGAUGAAGCCCUAAGUUUUUUAAGGGAAGGAGAAUCCAGAGGGUUCACAAUGGACAAAAUCGGGUACAGUACUGUCAUAAACUCAUUCUGUAAAGAGGGGAGGAUGGAUAGCGCGAAAGAGCUCCUCAAUGAGAUGAUCGCCAAGGGAUGUGUUCCUGAUGUGGUGACUUACACGUCUGUCGUGAAUGGAUUUUGCUGUUUGGGAGAGGUUGGCGAAGCAAAAAAGCUACUCCAACAGAUGAACAAAUAUGGAUGCAAGCCAAACACUGUUUCCUACACAGCCUUUUUGAAUGGGCUGUGUCGCGAUGGAAAAUCUUCAGAAGCAAGAGAGAUGAUGAACAUGAGUGAGGAUGGCUGGUGGAAGCCCAAUGCCGUGACAUAUAGUGUUCUGAUGCAUGGCUUUCGUAGGGAGGGAAAGCUUCCGGAAGCUUGUGAUAUAGUCGCCGAAAUGAUAGGAAAGGGGUUUUUCCCUACUCCAGUCGAAAUUAACCAACUCAUUCAAGCUCUUUGUAGGGAGGGUAAAACGGUUGAGGCAAAGAAGUUUCUAGAAGAGUGCGCGAGAAAAGGGUGCGCUGUAAAUGCCGUAAAUUUCACCACUCUGAUUCACGGUUUCUGUUCGAAGAACGACGUGGGCUCCGCUCUAUCCGUUCUUGAUGACAUGUAUUUGAUUAACAAGCAUCCAGAUGGUGUCACGUAUACAACGAUAAUAAAUGCAUUAGGAAAGAAUGGAAGAAUAGAAGAGGCGAUUGAAAUGACUAAGAAAAUGAUCCAUAAAGGGCUGGUUCCUACUCAAGUCACGUACCGUACCGUGAUUCAUCGAUUUUGUCACCAUGGCCGGGUAGAUGAUCUUGUAAAGCUAUUAGAGAAGAUGUUGUCAAGACAGGAUUGUAAGACCGUGUACAACCAAGUCAUUGAAAAGUUGUGUGGGUUUGGAAAUCCCGACGAGGCUUAUAAGCUGUUGGAUAAAGUUCUUAGGACAGCUUCAAGAAUCGAUGCGAAAACUUGCCACGUUCUUAUUGAGAGUUUUUUGAAAAAAGGGAACCCUUUGUUCUCAUUUAAGGUUGCCUGUCGGAUGUUCAAGCGGAAUCUGAUUCCUGAUUUGAAGUUAUGUGAAACUGUCAAGGAGAAAUUGGUGUUAGAUGGGAAAGCGGACGAGGCAGACAAACUUAUGAUGCUUUUUGUCGAACGUGGCAUUGUCUUGCCUAAACAUCACCAACAACAAUUGACUUGAGAUGUUAUUCAACUUUUUAGUUUCAUUCUCUGCCGAUAAAUCCAUGGAAACAGUAUCUCUGCUUUCUGUUUUCACAGGGGUAACUGGGAGACCCAUACCCUACUUUUUGUGGGAACUCAUCAUCACCUUAAUCCCAAGUUCCCAACCAUGAUGCGGUCGAUGAUAUGAAAUUUGUAUCUUCAGGUCAGAUUUGAGCAGAUAUGUUACCAGCAAAUUAGUCUUGACACGGAUAGGCAAGACAUCCAAAGAUACGGAGGUGACAUGGAUAGAGAGCUUCAUAAUGCGACUUGUUGUGGGGAGAACGUUUUGGCAUCCGAUUAAUUAGUUAUGGUUGUAGUUGUUGGUGAUUUUAGUGUCAUCCGCUAUUUUGUGUGAUUGGGUUUACUUAGAUUAGACAAGAACUUGAAUAGACGUUGUCAAACGAGUGAGGAGGUGUGGAGCGCGCAAUCGUUCAACGAUAUUACAAAUUUGUAGCAAGGGUCCUGGGGCGGCAGGCCCCGGUAGCGGGGGUCCAAGGGAGAGGAAACACCAAUAUAACAAAUUCAAAUUGUAGUUAAAAAAUUGUCCAGAACUAG